UUCUUGCAAAACGACGUUCCUUCCAUCUUGCUUUCGUGUACAAAGUGCAGUUUCGUCUACACUCUUGUACGAAAUAAGUGGCAAUAACUAGUGCAGUUUGACCGUCCAUACUUUAUCAUUUGCAACACAAAGAUUGCUAUUCAAGAAAGAUGUUUCUGUGGGACUGGUUUGCUGGAAUAUUAAAUUAUCUAGGAUUCACAAGAAAGUCAGGAAAAUUGCUGUUUCUUGGUCUGGAUAAUGCCGGGAAAACCACGCUUUUGAGCGUGCUCAAAGAAGGUCAUUUAGUUCAGCCAGUCCCUACUCUCCACCCUACAUCAGAAGAAUUGUCAAUGGGUGGAAUGAGGUUCACAACCUUUGAUCUUGGAGGUCAUCAGCAAGCUCGACGGGUGUGGAAAGACUACUUCCCAGCAGUAGAUGGCAUCGUAUUCCUCGUGGAUGUGUGCGACAGAGAAAGAUUUGCAGAGGCAAAAGCAGAAUUAGAUAGUUUAUUAACAGACGAACAGGUAGCUCAUGCUCCUGUCCUGGUCCUCGGAAACAAGAUUGACAAAGCUGGUGCAGCGAGCGAGGAUGAAAUCAGACACUGGUUUGGUCUUCAUGGCCAGACAACAGGCAAGGGUACAGUUGCAAGAAAAGAGCUUCCUGGACGUCCGAUGGAGUUGUUUAUGUGUUCAGUACUGAAGAGGCAGGGGUACGGAGAAGGAUUCAGGUGGCUGGCUCAGUAUAUCAAUUAAGGCUGACAAACUCUAGGACCUAUUUUUUUUUUAAAGUUUUAAUAUUUUGGAUGGAUAAGUACGAGAAGAAACCAACUUCUGCAUGUUUUCUUGAGACAUUGUAUGGUAGCUACCUGGAUGAUAAGAGGAGUUAAGCUGUUUUCUACCACCUGUAUGGCGUUAGAUGUGUAUGACAUAGGUAGAGGUUUGGUGUGGCGUGUGUAUGGAUGUUGUAAUAAUGUGAUGGGUGACAGAUUCUCAUUUUCUCUCUUGCUAUUUCCAAAUUAUUUCAAUCCCAUGGCUGAUAUUUCCAGUUUAAUCUAAACUAGCCCAGUCUCUCUUUUCUGAUUUGUUUGUUUUUACUCAAGCAGUAUCCUUUGUAAUACCUAUUCUACCCUGUUUUUAUCAUCAUUGGCAGUUAUAAAAUCUCUAGGCCUACCUAUUUGUUCAUCCCCUUUAUCUCAGAUAAGUGGAUUUUAGCAGAUUAAAAGAAACAGGACUUUGGAGGUCAAAGUUGUACACCACACAAGUGUAUUGAAAGAGAAAAAUAUAGGGAAAAAUGCAUGAAAAUUACCAUUUAAAGGGCAAACAUUUCCUAUAAAUUUGGAUUGAGUGUGAAGUUGUUGUUUAAUGUCAGGAGUGUUUGAAUUAAUGUUUUCUCUCCAGUACCAUUUUGCCUUGUUAUAAAUGAUAACUGAGAGAUGCAUUAUCAUGAAUUAAUUUCUUUAAAAAGCCAUCUAUUAAAACUUCAUCAACAGUAAUGUAAUUUAAUUGUAAAAACCGAAAAGGCAAACAAUUGUACUUGCUAUCAAAGGAAUACAGAUGAUUGUGUUGCGUCAAAACAUUUUUAAUGAAGUCAUCAUUCAUGAUUUGUUAUCAAUUUAUUGAAACUGUUGUUAUUACAAUAAUAUGUAUAAUAUUUAACAAGAUUAUGUUUUGCAUAACCAGCUUAUAUGUAGAUCAAGUCCGUGGUUUAUUAAACUAUUUGAAGAAUUUUAAAACUAUCAUUAAAUUCUCCGUGGUGAUUGAUAUAUAGCCCCCGAAGAAAUAUACUCAUUACAAGAUCUUCGUAGAUAUGUUGUUGUUGAAAUACGUAAUGUUCAUGAAGCAUUGUGAAUUACUUGUAUGGACACAAGAACAGAUGGGUUCUCACGUCAGUUUGUCAAGCUUCUAUUUUCUAACCAUGACAGAGGUGGAAUUUGAUGAAGUAUACAUGUAUUAUAUGGAUAAGAUUUAAAGGGGAUUCACUCAAAAACCUGUGAGUAUAAUAUCAUCUUGAUGUCUUUAGGCCAGAUGUGUUUAUGUUUCUACAGAAAAUAGGGAUUGAGUUCAUGUUUUACCAACAUAUCUUAGUUAUAUCCCUUUUGAACACUUCGGUUAUAUAAGUCAAGUUUUUUGAUCAAUCAGUAAUAUUUAAUAUUUUUCGGUAAAUGCCACUUAAUGACAUUUGUAUUUUACAUUUUUACAUUUUCUGUCUCCGAAAAUGUCAAUAUUUAUUUGGUUUGUAACCUUUACCAACUUUGAUUGGAAAAAACAGUAAAUUUAUCUAGUACAUGGACUAUCGAUUAAAAUAUGUGUAUUUGUAAAUAUGUAUUUGAACCAUCUGCACUCAAAUGUCCAUCCCAAAGUUUUGAUUGUGAACUGAAUACAGAGAAAUGGAUUAUUUAUUAGAGAAGAUCUGCUUUGUGAUUAAAGAUGCAUAUCUAAUAGAUUAAAACUAAUUUUUAGAACAUACAGAUACAUGUAAACAAAUAUGCGACCAAAUAAACAUUUUCUUAGGGAACAUUGCUAAAGACCUUUUUUAACAGACCUACAGAUGUGGCCAAAUUAAUUUGAUGAUACUAUUUCAUUGUAAAAAUUGCUUAUAAGUAUUUAGACUGAACAUAAAUUACAUGCUUAAAAUCUUGCCAGCUCUUUAAAAAAUAUGUUGGACAGAUCUGAAUUAUUUAAAUUAUUACUGUCCAUAUUUAAGUUUUGAUUCGACCAUGUCUAAACUUGCUGGUAGGGGUUCAUUAUUUUGGUAAUUGGUAGAACUCUCUCUCAUGUUCAUCUUUCUUUAUUUAUAUUUAGUCUGAUAUUUAGCUACCUGGGUAAAACAACAUAUUUGGCAAUUAAAUGUUAUUUUACUAUCACUGUGUUGCAUACAAUCUUUUGGAAUGACAAGAUGUGAAUAAAGUGAUUUGUAAUAAAGUAGA